GUAAAACACCUUAUUAGUUCACAGUUACUGAGGAAUCUAGCGUUUUCUCCGUUUGCAGCCCUCACAGAGAGACGUAGAGCUGUACUCGUACCUCGUCGGCUGUGCGCAGGGGUCUCAUGGUGUGGGGAAAUCCGCUGGUGUGAUGUCAAAGAGUGAAGUGGGAGAGAGGCGGACCUGAAGGAGCUCAGCAGGACUAACCCCACAGCGUGUCUGAGCAAAAUGAAACAUGGAUGAGGUCUCCGAAAGUUGGGAGGAAGCUGCUGACAGUGGGGUAAGAUUUUAAAUGUUAAUAUACCUGUAGUUUACGGUAAAUGUAACUGUGGUAGCCCCUCAUAAAUAUAUAGUUGCUUUAGGUUGUUUUAAUAACGUCAUUUCACGUUCACGGAUACUACGGGCCAACAAUGUGGCUAAUGCUAACGUUAGCUUUGAGGAAACUUGACGAGCUGAACAUGGGCUCAGCUAACUAGCGCAGUCAAAUUCACUAUUUCAGCUUUUUUUCGCUCCAUAUGAUGAUACUUUGUCGAUUAUGAUCUGACAAAGCCAGUUAGAGAAUACAAUUGACGCGAGCCACCCACGAAAUGAUUCAUACAUGAUAAAAUACUUGGGUUGAUUGUAGCUAAUGCUAAGCUACCUGCCUUAGAAAUGUGUCAGUGGAUAUGCGUGGAGUUAUUGGAAGUUAUGAAUUAAACACGUCCAGUCUCACGUCUUCACCCUCUUAACAGAGUGACGAUAGCCUUGUAUUAAAAUUCACGUUGUGUUUUAUUUUCGCGACGCGAUAAGCUUUUUAUAGAAAAUGAUUUUUUAUUUUCCCAGUCGGAGCUACAAGCUGAGCUACAGCUCUGUGAACCACGACCAGACUGUUUCUGGAUCAGUUUAGAGCGACUAAAAUUGACUCUAGCAGCCUGUUUGAUAAAGCUGAACUCCACUAGAUCAACAAGAUUAAGUGUGCAAGAUUAGGUUAGCACAAUACGGUAUUAAAUGUUUUUUUAUACGCCUUAUAAGCUUGGUGAACCGGGUUGGUGUAACGUACAUAUCUCGGUUGUCGAUUCCAGGGGUGUUUCUUAAAGGGGGCCAGGGAUGACAUGGGUCCCCAUUGAAACUUUAGUGCUAUUCCAAAAUCUGAACCUCAGUUUGGCAAUCUGCUUUCGCUGAAGCUGGGCCUAAAAAUGAACUUAUUUUGGAGUGUGGUACAACAGGUUACCACUAGCUUUUUUGUGUAUUUUAAUGUAGCAGAUUUCAAUUAGAUAAAUAAUUUUGUUUUACUAACGUAGAUUGAAAACUUUCUAUAAAGUGUUUACACUGGGCUCUGCUGAUGGGCGUCUAGCUUGCACUGCCAUGUUUCCUCAACAGUGCAGAACAGAAACUUGUAAUUGCCACUAUUGCUUACUCCCAUUUUUACACACUGAUCUUUAAAAAACUGAACUACACUCCUCCUCACAGUCUGUCAAACAUACAUUUAUCUGUAACUAUACUGUGGAUACAAUCCUAAACUUUUUUAUAUUGUGGCUUUGGACAAACAGUUUAAGUAAGUAGAGAUUUAAACUUGAUUUCUACACGGUCAUCUUGUUGUGUUCACUUUUGAAGUUAAAUAGAAGUUGUAGUCACGGAAAUAAAUAUCAAUAUGAUGCUUUACUGGAAGGGUAAAGAAGAUGCGAAAUCAACACUUGAAUUUCUGUGUGUUGGUUGCACAUGCUGAAUAUCAUUUCUGCCUAAGUGAGGUCUGGCUAAGCCCUGCUGGGCAGUUUCUACCCUGUUGGGAAACAGCAUACUUACCUUGCUAGACUUGAGAUUAAAAAAAUCUUGCCAACAUUUGGCAAACAUUACCUACCGUCAUUUCAUCACAGCAGUUUAGCAGUCCCUCGCCACUACUUGACACCAAGAAGGUUCUCCCCAGUGGGACAGGACUAGCAGCUUGUCAGAUUAAAGUCAAGGCUUUUUAAUCCCCCUUGUUUGUCAGUUGAAAAGUAUGUUCUAAAAUGCACCCCAUACAACCUCAAAUAAGUAACUUUCAUAGGCAACAUCAGCUGGUUAAUGUUAGCUUGAUGAGCACUCUGUCUGUUAUGACUUGGCAGCUGUCCUGCAGAUGUAUAAAUAGCUUGUAACUGAACCCUGCUUCCCAACCACUCUCUAACUUGUUUGCUACCUGCAGCACUUUUUCCGCACCCCACGUUGUUUGUUUACAUGAAUACGUGUUCAGACUGUUCUUUUCACCCCACAGGAAAUGGAAAAACGGUUAGAAGAGAAGCUAAGAAUCAGCCAAAAAGAGAGGUAAGAGGAGAAGUUGCCUCAGUCUUACACAUUUGAAUACUGAACAGGACCGUAUACAUAAAAAAGCAGGUGUUAAGUUCACUAAUAUGCUUAAAUUUCUCUGAUGGCAAUGGUUUGAACAGUGGAAUGAAAAUGUUCACAUUACAAUAUGUAUAGCUGUUCCUGUCUGAAGCCCAUAGUUAUAUAAUUCAUGCGUUCUUCCAAAAUUGUCUUGCCUCUAUGAAUUAGUCUUUGUAAUUGCCUCUUCCUGUCUUAUUACAAUUUGUUUUGUUGGUUUUCUCUUAGGGAGUCCAGCAAUAACUCUACACGAACUCCACUGAAGACAACCAUGGUGAUACAGGACGACUCUCUGCCAGCAGCCCCCCCACCUCAGAUACGUAUUUUAAAGCGGCCUGCGAGUAACGGGUCAUUGGGUUCCCCUUUGAAUCAGAACCGGCCCACACCACAGGUCAAGUCUCUGGCCCAGCGUGAGGCAGAGUAUGCAGAGGCCAGGAAGAGAAUACUGGGCAGCGCCUGCCCAGAGGAGACGCCUCAGGACAAACCCAACACUGACAGGUAAUUAUCCCCAAAUAUUGACAGUUCAGGUGUUUUGCCCCCAGCUUUUUAAGACUUAGCUGCAGGACAUUAACAGUUUUUACUCUCUACUUUUGCUGAAAACAGUUUUAGUCUUUGUAAACGAAAUACUUAGAAGCAAACAAACAGACUCUUUGAGAUCUUCACUCACAUUGAAUUGAUUACAAACAGUGAAUCAUUGCUAUGACAAAUGUGACAGAAUCAUGUGAAACUAUGAUAUCGUGAUAUUUUGAGCCAAAUGAAUGUGUUGUUUUUCAUCUGGAGAGGAACAAUUUUAGGCAAAGAGAUCUCUGUUUGACUCUCGGAUGUGGUUAAUGCUAUUGACAACAACGUUGUGACAUCGAUAAUGUUUCACAAAAGUGGAAAAUAAUAUAAGCUGACAGACUUUUGGCAAUAGCCUCCAAAAAAGAAAUACUUUUAAGGAAAUUCAAGAUGAAUCAUCAGAAGUGACACAUCUGCUGGGUCACAGUUAGCCUCGUGAGCUCUCCAGCGGGCCUGUGGCCUUUUUAGUUUCGGUUUGUAGACUCAGUCGUUUGGAGCACAUUGUUUUUGUCUUUCCUCCGGCUUCACCGGGUUUUGAUUGAAAGGUGGAGCCCUACAAUGAUUGAAAGCUCUAUGAUGCAACUCUGUUGAACUAGAUUGACUGGUUCUUGUUUACAUUUUAAGUUCAUUGACUGAAAAAGACAGAAUUCUUUUCUUUUGUGUUCACACGGAUUUGAAUGGUCGUGGGAGGUGCCAGAAUGAAUAUAAGUGCAACAAUAUUACUUCCCUCAAUCUCUCUCUAAAAAGGAGCUUUAUCACAUACAUAGAGUGUAGAUCCUUGUGUUGUGACACCACAGUAAUCCUGACGUAAGAGUAGUUAGGACAAUGUUUUUAUCUCACAGCUUGAAUUUGUAGAAAGCCUUUUACAUCGAGCACAGGCUGUAGUUUAGAUGUGUUAAGGCAGCAUCAAGGGUAGUAAUAAAUGCAGAACAGCUAGCAAGAGGAAACAGCUAUGUAGGUGUGCAUCUGAGUAUAGGUGUGCAAUAUGGAAAAAGUAAGUCACAAUUUUUUUUUUUUAAUGGCGGAAACACUGUCACAAAUUAAUUCCAUGUGCUCAAUGUAAAAGGCUUUCUACACAUUCAAGCUGUAGGAGACCAUAGCCUACCUACACACAUCCAAAACCAGCUUUUAUUUAUUUAUUUAUUUGACAUCGAAUACACCGAUAUGGGAAAAAUGACAUUGGUUAUUGACGUUAAUUUCGGUAUUGGUAUCUUCGGUAACUUAAGUUAAUAACCAGUACAGCUGUAUAGGGCUGGAUGAUAAACCGAAAAUUUACAUUUUUCCCACAUCGGUGUAUUCAAUGUCAAAAAAAAUAAAUAAAUAAAAGCUGGUUUUGGAUGUGUGUAGGUAGGCUAUGGUCUCCUGUCCCUCUAAAACGCUGUUCUAUGUCCACCCCAUCCAGUCCGUAACAAAGAGGGAAAGACAGGUGAGGAGAUGGAGGACGGUUCAAAAGUUGUAGAUAGUCGGGUCACGAAAUGAGAUUCUGUGACCAUCCUCUGGCAAGGAUGUUUUGACGAUUGAUUUGACCUCUAUGGACCCUUUAGAAAAGAUUUAGCCCCCAGGUCCCUCGCAAAAAUCCCGGCAUUUUUUGCUAGACAGCUAAAUUCAAGAUGGCGGCCGGCGCCAUCUCUAAAAAUUAUCUUUUGAUCUGGAUGACCUAGAAUCAUGUAUGAAGGCACUUUUCCAUACAAGUCAAGCAUGAGGAUUCCAAAUCUGACAUAGUUUUAAUCAUACAACUUUGUUUUGACUGCGAUAUUCAAGAUGGCUGCCAUCUAGUACUGUAAUUCUCAACCUUUUCAGGACUUGACCCCCCAAAACAAUCAUAUUUGAACUGGGUAACCCCCAAUUUGUUUGACUCUGUUCCACAUAUAGAUAUUGUGAAAAUAGCCAAUCUACAAGCCCGUAACACCUUGUAUUGUGAGGCGUGUGAGCUUGUAGAUCGUCUAUUUUUACAAUUUUUGCCUUUUUCCAUAUCAUUUGACAAUUUGGCCGAUGGUUUAGCAUUGUUUGCUGAUUACUUUGGAUGCAGUGAUGAUCUUUUUCUUUGAGGAUCUUACAAGUCCUAACAUUAUCAUUUCACUGUCAUCUGGGGGUACGCCACCAACCAAUGAUCAAGUACAGAGAGAAAACUUAACUUAACAACAUAAAGGCCAGUGAAUAUUGCAUUCAAACUAUCCAGUAUGCUUGAUUCAUGUCAGCAGCAGUACUUAACUCAGGCAAUUUGAUUGGCUGUCCCUUCAUGUCAGGGAUCAUCUCUGGGUCGACUUAAUGGUAUAUGUGGCUUCAUUACACAGACGACCACAGUGGAGAAUACAUGACUGUCUGUCUGUCCUGGUUGGUAUAUUAUUUUCUUCCAUAUUCAAGCAGCCAUGUAUGCUGCAUGCACACUGUCUUUACAGAUGAAAUGUGUAGCUCCUCUAACUGUGGGCUCAAAAGAAUGACUGAGGCAACAUUUAGGAAAGCAGCAGCACUAAACAAGCAGCAUGUGCUAACAUGCCCUGACAAAGAAAAAGAUCAUCACUGCAUCCAAAGUAAUCAACAAACAAUGCUAAACCACUCGCCAAAUUGUCAAAUAAUAUAAGGAAAAGGCAAAAAUUGUGAAAAUAGACGAUCUACAAGCUCACACGCCUCACAAUACAAGGGGCUCUAUUUUCGUGUACGCCGGUGAGGCGGCGGAGGGCGGCGAGCCCCGCGUAGUUGUAUUUUCUUCUGGCGGAGCCCGGCGUACAGCCAGUUUGGUAUUUUCAUGGACUGAGGCGCACGGAGGCGAACCGAGAUCCGCCAAGCUGGGCGUGGUGGCGUGGCAGGGGGAGGUGUCGACAGAAUCAGCGGGCGCAGUGACAUUUUUGUGCUCGCCAGUGGCAUGUAAAGUGCGCUGAAAGCUCGCCGAUUCAAACCUGGUCAGCUUUCAGCGCAUGGCGGAGCGCAGCUGGUCUACUAGUAUUUUGGUAGACUGGCGGCGUAUCGGCAUACGUCACUGAUGCCUCACCGGCAGGUUUCCACAGUGUCAGGCACAUUUCAGUGCAAUAAAUAAUCAUCAACAACUAAUAAUCUGAGUCAGCACAUACAUUUAGAUCUAUAUAGAUAUAUUCUGAUCUAUAUCUGAUCUGAUGAGCGCGUUUGGACACACAACCUGACCGAAUCAACACAGCUGAAACCGCAUUAAAUUGAAUAUCUAGUAAAUAGACACACAAGAUGAAGUUAACAAGAAAUUUAAUUUGUCUCCCUCCUUUUCUUUCUUCCUCUUCCUCUUAUUUCUCGUGCAGCUCGACCUGGAUAUUUCUGUGUCCUCUCUCCAUCCUGCUACAGCUGCUGCUGCAGCGGCUGAACAGAUGAAUUGUUUCAGUGAUCAGAUGAGUUAUUUACUUAAAGCCUACAUAUGAAUAUUAUAAUAUACAGUUUUGUGAGCCAAAUUUAUUUUAUAUGCCAACAUCUAUGAAAGAAAGAGCCAUGCCACGGAGCGCGAUGCGUCAUUUACGCACAGAUGGUUCCGAUUUUAAUGCCAUUUUUGGAGUUUAUGUUGUGAUCUGAAGUUUGAAUAUGUGCAACUCUAUGUGAGUGUCUUUAUUUGUGGAAAAGGGUGUUUGUCUUACUAGUGGGUCCAACAUUACACACACCAAAUCCAUCUGUGCUUAUAUGAGAGAGUGUGGAGGAUGCCAAAUGCUUACAGUGACACUUGUUUAGGAGCUGCCUUCUGUCGCCAUCGUGUGGCAUUACUGUCUUCAGACAUCUCUUGAUCUCUUUGACUACUUCAUAAAAAUAGUAAUACGCCUCGCCUGUGGCGGAUUUAAAGGCGAGGAGAGGAGCUGAUGUGAUUGGUCAAUGCAGGUCUCAGCUGUGUUAAACCCACUCCACGCCCUUUCUCCUCCCUCGCUACGACUUACGCCGCUGGGAGGAGCUGAGUUAGGGAGGGGGGAUACUUACGCUGGGCUGCGUCGCUCACCAAAAUACCAAAUUGUGCUUGGGAACGCCUUGUCGGCGCGGCGGACCUGACUUACGCCACGCCUGCGGCACGUCUCCGGCGAGGCACGAAAAUAGAGCCCCAUGUGUUACGGGCUUGUAAAUCGGCUAUUUUCACAAUAUCUAUAUGUGGAACAGAGUCAACAAAUCAGUUGACAAUCAAAUUAUCCAGUUCCAAUAUGAUUGUUUUGGGGGAUCAAGUCCUGAAAAGGUUGAGAAUCACAGUACUAGAUGGCAGCCAUCUUGAAUAUCGCGGUCAAAACAAAGUUGUAUGAUUAAAACUAUGUCAGAUUUGGAAUCCUCAUGCUUGACUUGUAUGGAAAAGUGCCUUCAUACAUGAUUCUAGGUCAUCCAGAUCAAAAGAUAAUUUUUAGAGAUGGCGCUGGCCGCCAUCUUGAAUUUAGCUGUCUAGCAAAAAAUGCCGGGAUUGUUGCGAGGGACCUGGGGGCUAAAUCUUUUCUAAAGGGUCCAUAGAGGUCAAAUCAAUCGUCAAACCAUCCUUGCCAGAGGAUGGUCACAGAAUCUCACUUUGUGACCCAACUAAGAGGCUGGAGCAGCGGCUGAAGUUGAUGAAGUUAAUGUUGGAGAGGUUGAGCGGCUUGUGGAGUAGUUAUCAUCCAUGUAUUGUUAUCUAGGUGAACUGCUUAAUAUAUCGUGAUAUUGAUUUGAGUCCAUAUUGCCCAGCUCUACAGCUGUACAUAGAUCUCUGUUUAAAAAAUAUGAUCUUUAAAGAAAAGUAAUGGUUUCCUCUUGAAGUCAAAGUACCUUGCUUAGCCAAUUGAAGCAUUGUGUACAGUUUGACCAACUGGUGCCAAGUGCAAUUGACAUGGAUGAGACUCUUAAGUUUAGUCAUUCUCAGAUAUUUCUGUUUAAUAAAAAUUAAAAUCUGUUUGGAAAGCAAAACAAUAAACACCUGAUUAAGCGCAAUAUCACUAGAGAAGAGAAGCACUACUUCGCUUUAAAUCUUAGGCAGCUGUUGGUCUGGACCUGUUCAUUAUAAAGGUGAAUGUCUGCUACUUUCUACAUGAAUUUUACUUUCUAGUUAUAUUCAAAGCAGCAUCGUUCAAAAAGUAAAAAGGUAUUGAAGCUCAGUCUUUACUGCACUGGUGCGCACAGGCAUGAUAACAGCAAAGCUCUAUAUCAGCGUUGCUCAAAAGUCUUCAUGUAAAUAGAGCCAAAGACCUCUCUGUAAUUUGACUCUCCUCUUUCCUGUGUUUUUGCUAGGUCAGGCCGCAAUAACCCUACACUGCCUUCAGAGGACACCCGAUCAAACAAUCACACUGUUGGGCAGCCAGUCGGGCCAGACGGCACCCAAGGGUUCCGGCAGCAUAGAUAAAUGGGCCCUGGAGCCACCCAGCCAUUAAGGGGAGAGAGAUCAAGAGCCACCUGAGAGCAAAGGCAGCAUUCAGGUCUUAAAACUUCUCCCCUCAGCUUGCAGUCAUACAGAACUUUCAGGGAGCCAGGAACUCAAGGGGGGAAAUGAAAUGAAAAUGUGCUGCCUUCUCUCCCCACCCCUCCAGUCGCUUUGACACUGUGAUUAUGGACUUCUUCUUCUUCUUCUGGACUCACUGUGAUGAUCCCUUUAAGAGACGCCCCUCACUUCCAUCUCUCUUCUCCUUCGGUGCCCUGCAGUGUUUCAGGGGUCCUGUGAGGCUGACGCAAAGACUUUAAACAAAAGGAGGGCAGAGAGAGGAGGAGAGAUGAUGGGAUAUAGCAAAAUGACAUGAGCUGGUAGUCCAGCAGCAGCAGCCGUUUCUCCCCAGCAAUAAUGCCAGGCAUCACUUCUCACACCUUUUCAUAUGUUUUUAAGUUUUAAGAAGUUGGCUGACUAAGUUUUUAUUUUUGUUUUUUCUUGCUUGUCUUUAAUUAAAUAUGUAUAUUAGGGAUGCUCUGAUAUUUACAGAAGUACAUCAUACAUUCAUAUAUACGCCGCUAGUAACCUGUGUAUUACAACAAUACUUCAUUUCAGAGUUUAUACAUCAUAUGAUACCUGCAGGUUUUAUUCACAACAUGUCAUUCUGAGUAUCCGUCGUAAAUUUGGUGGUAAAUUAGUCAAAAGAUUCGCUGCGUUUAGUUCUGUGCUGACAGUCUGUCAGGACAGACUGGGCUGCAGUAAACUUACCUCUAAUGCGGAGUACCUCACUGUUACUUGUGCAUUAAAUGAGCUGUUGGCAUUAUCAGUGCACCCCUAAUAUAUAAAUCGCCAUUUGUUUUAAAAAAAUCGGAGGGUAAGGGUAAUGUUUGUCUUGUUUUGUUUUUUUUUAAAUUAUGAGCUCUGUUAGUGCAUUUUUUUUAAAUACUGCUUUCCAGCUGUCUUCCUUGGACUGUCACAUCAAUGUUUUUAUUUAAAACUUAAGCAAAGACAAAAAGACAAGAGAUUUGAGAUUUAUGGCCAUUUUUAAGUAGCUUAUCUGCCUUUUUUUGUAUGAGAUGGCAGAAAUGUCCGAGCAGUAUUUUAAUCAUAACGAACCAAAACACCCAUUUUAAAAUUGAUCCAUGUAUAUACAUCAGUUUGUUAAGAUGUCAUACUGAGAGGACGGUGUUGGCAGGUCAGGGGGGUUAAACCGACUGCUGUACUCCUUAAGCCUUCCCUUCAUAUCUCCAUCUCGUCAGCGGUGUGCUCACUUCAUGUCCUUCCCUGACUUUCAGUAUGUAGGAACUCAGGUGAAAGUGAACGAGACUGAAUGAAUGAAAUGAACUAGGAUUGUAUUUUUCCAGCAGGUGUGAUCACUCAGACAGCAGAUGUUGGCGCUUUGUCAGACAGAGCGCUGCACUUUGAGUGGAGUGAAAUGUAACCGAGAAGAUGUCCCAAGAUGAAUGAAUGAACAUUUUUUAUAUUUUUGUCUACCUGUUGGCAUGUGAGCGAUGUAAACAACUGUAAUGCAACAUUGGUCCACUGCUUCAGUGGAACAUGGAGACACAGCUGUAUGUGACUACCUGGCUGACCAGGACCAUUGUGCCCGAUAGAAAAUACUUAGUUUUUCACCUUUUGUUCGUUCAAACAGAGAAACAACUCUCAACAAAGCCAUAUUUAGUGGUGUACAUCAUCAGUAGAGAAGUUCUUGUAAUGGUUGAAUUCAGCUUGUGCCUCCUGUAUCACAUCUUUACUUCCUGGUUGUUGAUUUUUAUUACUGUAGUUCAAGAAGCUGAAUAUAUCUGAGAGAGAAUUCAAAAUACUGUAAAGAGAUUUUAGUUCAGGAAAUCUAGCAGCAGAGCAGAGGAGAGACAUGUUUAGCUGUGCUCCAAGUGAGAACACAAACUGCCUGUAAAUACUGAUUUAAUAAAAUGAUUUGCAAAAAAAACUUCAA